AAGAUUUCUAACCUGAGAGUCGUCAACUUUAACGCUAAAUAUCUUGCUUCGCAGGGCAGACCGCCGCAUUUUUCUGCCAGAUUCUUUCGUUUCGUGUCAAAACGCGUCGAAUGAGCAUAAUUUUAUUGAUAUUCGAGGUGCAGCGCGUAUUCUAAAUAAUUACCAAAAUAUGUCGUUUUAUGGUUCACAGAAAGAUAGCAGCUUGCAGAAAUGUGAAGAUUUUAAAAAAUGUUGCUGCACCAAUUUGGAUUGCAGUUUCAUACACGAAUAUAAAUACUGCUACAAUUACCAAAAUGCUACCUGUAAUGAGAAAAACUGCCCAUUUUUGCAUUGUACCAGCGUUGAACAAUAUCGCUAUAUAAUGACAGGAAAAACAACUGAAAAUCUGAAGAAAGAAGUUGGCAGAACAUUACAAAACACCAAUAUAUGUGGCGAUUUUAAAAAUAAUGUUUGCAAACGAUCGAUUUGUAAUCGUCGACAUGUCAAACUAGAUGACCUGCAACCGUUAGAGUGCCCGAUAUGUCGAGAUACAAUUACUUUAAAAUCUAUUGGUGUUCCACUUUGCGGACACAUGUUCUGUUACAAUUGUGGAUUGAAAUGCUUAAGUAGUAAUACUGUCAAGGGAGGAUCAAUUGUAGUAUAUUGUCCGAUGUGUCGAUCCGAGCAACCGUAUAAAAAAUUAAUGUAAUCGUUCUUUUAUAUUGUGUAUUCUAUACUAUGUAUACUAAAUGUGCAUUCCAUUUCACGCAUGAUGUGCAUAAUGCAUCAUUUAUCCUUGUUUAUUUCGGUGAACAAGAAAGAUAAAUGCAUUAUGUGCAUCAUGCAUGAAACAGAACGUACCUGUUAUCAGCAUAAGGCACAUUUUUAGUAUAUUUUAUUUUGUGUAU